UCUCUCUCUCUCUCUCCUCCCUCCAAGAGAUCCUUGAUGCUUGGCCGCACGCGCAUCGCGCUGAUUGUUUCCAACGGCAGGAGCACGAGACCAAGUUGUACUCAUCCGUGGGCCGACGGUUGAUCCUCGAGAAAAGAGAAGAACCGAGUGGGAGCGCGGUAGAUGAGCCAAGAAAGAGUCUCCUAAAGUCGGCAGGAAAUCCAGCUCAGUAAAAAGAGCUUCUUGGGCUGUUCAGGACCGGACAGACUCCCAGAACCUGACACACCUGACCCAGAUUGGACCGAUCCGACCCUGUGCUCUCUGUCCACACACGUGCAACAAAAGCCUGCCGUCUCCUCUGUGAGUCUCUCAUGCUAACCGAGUAUGGAUGGUACACAGGACGGGGUUCAGAUCGGAGAGAAAAAGUUCAUCAGCAAGGCAGCAAUCCUCUCAUAUCUGAAAACAUACAACCUUUACUAUGAGGGGCAGAAUCUCCAGCUCCGACACAGAGAGGAAGAAGAAGAGCUGAUCAUCGAAGGCUUGCUGAAUAUCUUUUGGGGCCUUCGGCGGCCAAUCAGACUUCAGAUGCAGGAUGACCACGAGCGGAUUCGACCGCCGCCGUCCUCCACGUCCUGGCACUCAGGCUGCAACCUGGACAGCCAAGGUUCUCCCAACAACACAGACGGUCAGCAGACCUCAGAACAAAUUCCUCCCACUGUGGAAGUGACGCCACCUGACAGUAAACAAGAAGACAACACGGAGACGGAUGAAGAGGACAGUGAGAGCUCCGCUCAGCUUCUGCGGACGAAAAGCGACGCUGGCGUUUUAAGACGCGGCCAGCGGCGGUCUCCAAGCGACCAGAGGAAAAUCCGACGCCAUCGAUUCUCCAUCAAUGGACACUUUUACAACCAUAAGACAGCCGUGUUUACUCCUGCGUAUGGGUCAGUUACAAAUGUCAGAAUCAAUAGCUGCAUGACCACACCGCAAGUGCUUCGGGUUCUCCUCAACAAGUUUAAAAUCGAAAACAGCGCGGAUGAUUUCGCGCUCUAUCUUGUCCAUGCAAGUGGAGAGCGAGUGAAGCUGAAGCGGACUGAUUUUCCUCUGGUGCUGAGAGUCAUUCAGGGUCCAUGUGAGCAGGUCUCCAAGGUCUUCCUCAUGGAAGAAGACUUGGGUGAAGAAGUCACAUAUGAUGUGGCGCAGUAUAUCAAGUUUGAGAUGCCUGUCCUUCAGAGUUUCAUCACCAAAUUGAAGGAAGAAGAAGACAGAGAGGUGCAGAAGCUCAGAAGAAGGUAUAAUUACCUGCGGUGUAUAAUAGAAAAGCAGCUUCGUGGUCUUCCAGAAGGAGCAAAGUGUAUUUAACCUAAUGAAGGUCCAGCACAAACUGUUAGGAACUGUUUACAUCCGCCGCCAACAGAGAGAGAGUCGAUCAGGCAAGAACUUCUCCUUUCUAACUCCUCCACUUCACUCUUCUGCUGUCUUCCUGUACGCCGUCACAUACUCGGCUCGAGUAAUUUUACCUUUUUAUUUGUAUUUUUAUUUUAUAAGCUUCCUGAGCCUAAAAUAUGAGGCCACAUCCUCUGUUCUUAUUCUAAUCAAGCACAGCUGUAAUGUGACAUAAUUAUAGUAAAGUGCCUAUUUUAACCUCUUCCAAGCACAAAAUGCUCACAAAUGAUCAAAAAGAGCUGGAGCUAAUCACACUGGCUGAAAGCACAAGGUUUUAAGAUCCAAGAGCUGAUGCCAAUGUUUGCAUUUACAUUCCUCCCUGAGCUGGGCGAGUCUGAGAACUGAAUUUUUAUCAGCCGCCUUCGUUUCACUGCAGCUGAUAAAUCCUAACGCUCAGAUUAUGCUGUUAUUAGCUAUUCUGUAAACUGGAUGUUAUGUUUGUUUU